AUGGGUAUCGGCUCGCGGACUUCGAUCGGUUCAUUCGUCGUCAAGAUGAAGCGUGACACAGACUCCCAUCGACCCGACUCGCGUGAGACAAGGUGCCAUCAUGGAAAUCCAACGGUCCCUUCAGUGGUGCAAGGGUAUGCACUCAAGACCUGCUGGCUGAGGGGGGCUCGCAUCAACGCUCGCCCUACAGGGGAUGCAGAAUCUGGGAUUACCACAUACGCUGCUCUUAUGAUCGCCUUUCCCACACUGGCAACGUCAGCCACCAAGCUGACGACGACAACAGUGGUCACAACAGCACCUCCUACAGCAUAUGUUCAAGUUUUUGAGGCAAACGCCGUGUUUUACAGCAGUAUAUUCAGUUUCCUGGCCGGAAGCAUCGUGAAUGUGGAUACUGUGGAGGACCGGACUACCAUUGGGGCCAACUGUAUCCAUAGCCUGGUCGUUAACUGCUCGUUGGAGACUGUCAGCUUCCCCCCUACGUUUACCAUGGGGCCUUCAACGUACAUACACAGCUCAAGCGGCUCAGAACAAAACUCUCAGCAGUACACUAGCAAUAUCGACUCAAGGGCCUGCAGGAUCUUUUCUUCAACCCAAAGCGCAUCCUGCGAGAUUUUUGCGAGCUACUGGUAUUCUGACGCCCAGACGAGCACGUCCAAGCAUACAAAACGUCAUACGACGUUGAGGUCUUCGGAAAUCAAUUACCACAAUUUAUUGAUUACGGCAGGUAUUGAGAAGCUCCCAACAGCAGUGACGACGUCGCAAACCCAGAAAAGGACUGCCACCGUCCCCACGGCUACUGCUUUGGCCUCUACCACGGCCGCUGCCUCUUCUCCUAGCCCAAAUUCUCAAUCUCAUCCCUCAAAAGCGUGGGUUGCCGGACCGGUUGUAGGAGCCGUGGUCGGGUGCGGCCUGAUAGCAGCUGUGUUAUACUGGUGUCUCAGGCGAAAGAGACAGAAAGUGCCAUCGGCUGAUUCUGGACCAAUAAUCCAGGAUCCGUCAGAGGAAAUCAGGGGACUCGACAACCCUGUCAAGUCUGCAUACAAAGCGUGUACGCCAGCGGAAACUCAAGGAACCCCUGUAUCCGAACUUCCAGCGGAUGAGCCUUCCUGCAUUCAACAUACUGCCUAA